AUGUGGGUUGGGCUUAAUCGCUUAUGUCGAACGGAAGCCACUUUGUAGAUAGGUAAACGAAAAGAGGGAGUCCGAGUCUAAGCAACGUUACGAGUAGAAACGAAACGGUUUGCGCUUUAGGAAAGAUACGUCUUUAUUUCCUGAUUCGGUGCGAUCAUAUCAAACUGGGAAUCUCGGCAGAUCAAAUCUUCUGCUUUGGAACACUCAUCAGAGGUAAAGGAAAUAUGGGUAACACACGCAGUUACUCAAAACCAAGUAUGUCUGAUGCAAAAGAACGCAGUUACUCAAAACCAAGUAAAUUUGAUGCAAAAGAGUUUGAUAAGCCCUCCGAACAACAAGUUAUAUCAACAAAAGAUCUCAUACUACAGAAAGCUAAGCUCUUUUCGGAUGACUACCCUACCUAUGAUGAUCCUAUCAUCUGGGGCGUAUUAACGGCUAUCACCAAGCGUGCAAUUGAUGGCAGGAGCUACCAGGGAUACCAGGGACACUGUAUUGACUUGAAGAUGACUGAGCAUUGCAUUGGCCUAGUAUUGAAGGAAAUGUAUUUCCAAAUUCCAAACGAGGCGGUCAACAAUGGCUAUGGAAUAUAUAUUGCCAGAGUUGAUAGUGAAGCAGCAAAGCAUCUUGGGACCUAUUAUCCAGCUGUCUUCUUGUGGGACAUUAGCGCAUUUGACACAUAUGUCAAUUGGAAAAAGUUGACUAAAGGAGAAGCUGUGAAUAUUUUUCACGGAGAUAUCAUCUCUCUUUUCGCUGCUCCUGAUGAUGUUAAUGCAGUUGGAUAUGUAUAUCAAAUGGCAUAUAGGUUAAGUCCUUGGCAAGAAGUUAGAGUAGCAGCAAGCCAUCACCAAUUUGAAGCAUUGCAGAAGGAAUUUGCAGAGAUGAAAUUGUUGUGUGUAAAAGAGCGUGUAGAACUCAAGGCUGACAUCAUGGCUGAACUCAGGACUGAACUUAAGUCUGAACUCAGGACUGAACUUCAGUCUGAACUCCUGACUGAACUCAAGUCUGAACUCAGAACUGAACUUCAGGCUGAACUCAGGGCUGAAUUCAAGACUGAACUCAUGUUACCAGGUUUCAAAUGAGUUAUGAUCUAGCCUUGAUGGCUAUGUUAAUGCCAGAGCUAUUUUAUGCUUUUAAUUAUAAGAUGCUGAAUGUUAUUACUAAAUAAAGUUGCAUCUGGAAACCUCAUAUGGGUUGGCUUAUAAAUUAGCAAAUUGACUCUGUAGCUGUAUUUAUGGUGUGCGAUCUUGAUGCUAAUGGCUAUUUCUACUCGUGUGCUAACUGUUGAAUGUUGUCUUGUAAUGAAAAGAUUAUGGGUAUGCUAUUCCUUGUUUUACUUGC